GAGAGUAUGUUUUUGUGUAUUUAAGCAUGUGGGUGUGAUGUUACAUUAUGCCUGAAUGCAUUGACCUAAGGAGACCACUGAUUUUCAUGUCAGUCUCUACCUUGAAUCAAUGUUUAUUAUUUCCUUGGAUGUCUACUCUUUUACUAGACAUGCUGACCAGCAAGAUAUUGGGACCCUUUGUAUGUGUUUACAUUGAUAUGACAGUGUGUUACCCUCCUUAAGAACACAAUCUUCUAAUCAAUAGGAGUUCAAGAGAUUGGAGGAAAGACUUGAGGUUCUACUGAAGCAGAAGGGCAUGGUCAUUCAGAAAAAGGAUUUGGCAGAAAAGCUGCAGCAUCACUUUGAUGUCAUCCAGAUGAGGUCCACCCAGCCUGAGCUGGAACAGGAUACAGUCCAGGAUGGGAGACAUUUGCAGAAGGAGCUGCUACAGCAAGAGGAACCUGCUGAGCCCCAUCCCCAGCAAGUCCUGAAGUCCUCAGAUGCAAGAGAGGGAUUGCUACACUCAUCUAGGAAUAACCUGUUAAAAUAUGUGACUUACAUGCAAGGCCAGCCACAGGCUGUAGGAGGAAGACAACACAGAUGAAAGACUGAAGCACCUGUUGAAGAAGUAAGAGAUGGUCACCCAGCAAAGGGACUUGGCGGAAAAGCUGCAGGAUCACUUCAAUAUCUCCUAAAUGAGGGAGGAAAUCACCUUGAGAUACAGAAAACCUGAGAUAAGAAUUACUGAGAAUCCUGACAUUCAAUGGAAUGUGAGCUUUACAAGAACAUUGAGGGUAGGGAUGUUUGUGAGCAAGACGUUUUGUGACAAGUUAAUGUCGACUUUUUUGGCAAGCUGACUCAGUCUUCAGUCCUCCCUACAUGGUAGGAAAUGUGUGAUGGAGAGUGUGUUGAUGUCAAGCUGUUCCAGACAGAUGACAUCGAAAAGUAUCAUGUUUCAUUCUUCAGUCCAGUGUUGGCACUGACUCCAUGUCUUGCACAAGUGCUGCUGAAGAGAAUGUACUACAGUGAUGGCGGCCAUCCCUCAUUCUUGAUUUAUCAUUUUUUCCUCCAUAUCUAAAAUGAAUGGGUAUUCUUCAGUUUCGUAGCCUGGACUGGAGGGACUGAUCCUGAGAAAGGAUUCAUGGAAGAUAUCUGAGUCAUUUUUUAUGUCCUUGGGCACUCAGAUGCUGCUCACAGGGACUACCGGAGAGGCAUCAUCCCAACUCUCCACCUUCACUGAACAGGAACAGCAGAUGAAAGAGCUGGAGAAUCUCACCACUCAGUUACAUCAUAUGACAUGUGCGAGAAAUGAACUACGUGGAAUCCUGGCCAAUUAUGGCACCAAGGAUUUGAACAACAGGAUAAAUUUUGAGCUUGAGAUGCUCAAUAUGGAGCAUAACCAGGUGAUGUCUGACCUUCAGAAAUUGCCCAUAGAGAUCAGUGAUGCCUUGGACAAAUGCAUGGGUCUGAUUGAGGAGACCGAAUCCUUCAGUUACUGCCAUGGCCAGGUCCUGAGAGAAUGGAUUCAGCUGAAGAAAAAUGUACAUGUGACAAGACUGAAGAACAGAUUGCUGUGGAAGGAGCAGAUAGAACUGCAAGAGUCCUGUGAGGAGGUGAAGAGGCUCUUUAAGGAGAUCCAUAAGAAGAUCUGUGACCCCUGUGCUGAGCAGCAUCAGGAGGAAGUCAACAUGGAUGAAAGACUGAAGAGCCUGCUGAAGCAGAAGGAGAUGCUCACCCAGCAAAGGGACUUGGCAGAAAAGUUGCAGGAUCAAGUCAACAUCUCUGAGAUGAGUUCAGAAAAUCUCCAAUCCAAGCUGGAACAUGUCACAGCCCAGGAAGACAGCCUCCGGCGGACAGAGCUGCUGCAGCAGGAGCACUAAGUGUCACAGCUCCAGAGAGAACUGAGAGGUCAAAGAAGCCACCAACAACUUAGACUCAUGGCAUUGUCCAUCAAGGCCUCCUCCUCAGAAGACACCCUGCAAAUCUCCAAGGAGACAUGGCUAUACUAACUUUGAAAAGAUUUUUUACAAUUAGCGACUGCAAUCCAGCCAUGUUUCCAAGGCCAGCCACAGCUAUAGAUCUGUGCUAUAAAAUAUGUAGAAAGAUUAAGUUAGUUUUUUAAUUAAGCAAUCUGUUCAGCUUAAUUUUUUGUUGGGUUUUGCUUACUUGAUGAUUUUUCAUUUUCUUUGUUAUGCUUUGAGGCUUUGAAUUCAUUAGCUCUUUUGUUCUUGUUUUGCUAUUUUGCUAAGGCUAUUUACUGUUUAUAUUGUGCUCUGUUUAAUCCUCUAUUCAAUAA